UACCUUACUAGUAGGACCCCGGUAUCCCGUUCGGUUCCUGCUCACAGUGGUGAGUGCAGGGAGGACAAAACGGACAGGGCUCCCGUGCAGCUGCUUAUGGGGCAGUGAAGAGGGUACCGAUGUGAUGCGCGCGCCGCCUCCUAUACACACUACUUCCUAGUCUUCCCGUCUCCUCUUCUCUACCCGCCCCGUCCGGUCAUGUGACCUCCUCUCGCUUCCAUCCGCCAGCAUGGCCGCUGUUUGCCUUAGACCGGGGCUGGCUGCAGUGUGGCGUGUGGGGGCGGCUAGUCCCUGGAAGCCGGUAGUGGUCUCCGCAGCCUGCAGUGAGCUCGCCCCUCUUAUUUUGGCACAGAGGACACGACUAAUACAUACCAGUUCCACAGUACAGAGGAAAAAUGUUGCAGCCUCGGGACCUGAAAAGUACACAGAGGCUUUUAUUAAAAAACAGAUUGAAGAGUUCAACAUUGGAAAGAGACAUUUAGCCAACAUGAUGGGAGAGGAUCCAGAGACGUUUACCCAAGAGAAUAUUGAUAAAGCCAUUGCCUAUCUCUUUCCCUCUGGAUUAUUUGAGAAGAGAGCCAGACCACUUAUGAAGCACCCUGAUGAGAUUUUUCCAAAGCAACUGGCAAUUCAGUGGGGAGAGGACAAGCGUCCAUUCCACUUUCUGUUUUACACUGGGAAGCAGGCGUUUUACUCGUUACUGCACGAGGCACAUGCAAAGUUUCUAUCAAUUCGUGCAUAUGGAGAAGAAGUUAGGAGAAAAGGAUUGAGUGCGGAAAAUGAAAAAACAGUCGUAGACCUCUCCGGGAGAAGAUGGGUGAUUAAGGAAGAACUGGAGAACCUGCUCGUAGAGAAGCUGUCUGACCAAGAUUACCUGUAUUUUUUACAAACGAUGGAACGUUUGGUGAGCCUGCCACACAGCAGCAUCGAGCAGGACUACAUCCACAGAUACUGCAAGAAUCUUGAAAUCCAGUCCAAAAAGCAGAUGGUUAAUCCUCUGCAGUAUGACGAGAAUGGAGUAGCGUUCAGCACAGGGGAAGGCAAAAGGAAAACCGCAGAGGCAACAGCUAUAGUACGGGACCAGGGAAAAGGAAAAAUUACUAUAAACGGAAAGGAGUAUUUGGAUUUUUUUACAGUACUUCAAGACAGAGAGCAACUUAUGUUCCCAUUUCAAUUUUUGGACCGACUGAUGAAAUAUGAUACAGAAUGUACAGUUAAUGAAAGUGGAAGAUCUGCACAAGCUGGUGCCGUCCGUUUAGCUAUAUCAAGGGCCCUGCUCAGUUUUGUCUCUGACAGAGAGAUUGAGGCUAUGAGACAAGCUGGAUUACUUACUGCAGAUCCACGCAAGAGGGAACGGAAAAAACCAGGCCAGGAGGGUGCCCGCAGGAAAUUCACAUGGAAGAAACGUUAACCUGCUGCACAGAUAUUGGAAGUAAUAGCAGAAGUGCAAGAAACCUGACUGUAUUAUAAUGUAAUUUUUUUUCUAAUAAAAUUGUUAUAUAUAACUAAACCUUGUUGUUACUUGAAAACUCAUUUAUUUGGAAUUUUUGUUUGAACUGUUGAAUUGCCCUUUUAUGUAGGUCUAGUUUAACUGUAUGAGUAGUGGUAGUUGUGAGAACGCAACAAAUAAUCAGGUCAUGAUUUUUUUAUUAUGUGGACCAUCGAUCUGACCAUUAACUUAGUGUUACUGUCAUAAAAAAAAAAGUAUGACAUGUCAAGGGAAGUUUUGAUCGUUGGGUGUCUGGAUUCUGAGAAUCCCACCGAUUGCUAGAAUGAACACGAAGUGGGUUGACAUUGAGCGCUGUUUCUACCAUCUCCACGCUGCAGUCUAUGAAGUCCACUUUAUAAAGGACUGCACAUCAGCCAGGGAUGUAAAAAAGCAUCAGAAUGAACGCACAUAAAACCCAAUUUUACAGCACACUCCUAUUUGUGGUCUGUGUUUUCUCUAAACCUGAUGAAAGCUAAAAUCUGCGCAAAGCAGAAAAGUAACAGGGAGUAAUAGGGAGAUCUGUUAUUUUCCUUUCAUGUUUAUCUCAUAACUACGAAAAUGUUACUCAAAAUAUAUAAAAAGGUUUCCCACUUUGGGGGAAUUUUCUAUGUCUUGUAUGCCAGCUUUCUGAAAUACAAAAGGCACAAUUUUUUCGCACAAAGCCCAUUUAUGCAAACAUUUAGGGGAGAUUUAUCAAAACCUGUCCAGAGGAAAAGUUGCUGAGUUUCCCAUAGCAGCCAAUCAGAUGGCUUCUUUCAUUUUUGAAAAGGCCUCUGAAAAAUAAAAGAAGCGAUCUGGUUGCUAUGGGCAACUCAGCAACUUUUCCUCUGGACAGGUUUUGAUAUAUCUCCCCCUUUAAAACUUUUAGCAGUCUCAUGCCAUGCUCCUUUUUUAGAAAGUGGACAGGGCAUAGUGGAAAGAAGUGAUGGUUUCACUAAGGCUGGAACAUUGACUAUAACUUACACCACAAGAUGUAUUGCUGAAUUCUACGCCAGUUCAAAGCUGGUAUAGAUUUCAGUUUGUGGCACAGACAGCCUUAAAUGCGACAUAAUAAUUAAGAGAUCUACACAUCUUCAUAAAUUUGUAGCAAUAUACUUCAACAGGCUUCAUUGAAAGACAGCCAUGUAAAGUGCUGAUCCUUGGGCUAUGUUUACACUGCAGAAUUUCCAAGCCGAAUUCUGUGGAGAUAUUCCACUUGGAAAUUUCACUGCAGCAGAGUCCCAUUGAUUACAAUGGGAUUCUGCUGCACUGUUCACAUGUCAGAAUUUCAUUGGCAGAAACAUUUAAACCGUUGAAUGCAGAUUCUGCUCGGAAAUGCAUUGCAGUGUAGAAAGAUUCAUUUCCAAGCAGCCCUAGUGCUGCCAAAUCCAAUAAAUGUGUAGAAGGUCCGCCCGAGUUUUCCAUGUCUACAUAUAUUCCACCAUGUAAACAUGGCGUUCGUAAAAUCUAAUCUGUCUACCGGAAAACUGCCUUUAAUCUUUAAGUAGCCGAUUAAAAACCAGAAAUGGAGUUCCUCGUUGCUGUGGAAAACAAGGCCAGUUUUACAAAUAAGACUGAGUAUUUUAUACAUCUCGAUGCCUGCCCUCAUACAUACCAAGCUGGCUCUUGUAGCUCUCCUGUGUCAUCAUUCCUUUUGUUGGGCAUUGUGUAAUCUUGUUUUGUUUGUUGUAUUGAAAUGCAAAAAAACUCU